AUGACUUUCCAGUGGACCAACAUGUCUGCGUUUCUUUACAGCAAAAUUGCCUUAUUGCUGUUGCUCUGCAUGCUGCUCAUUUUGCCAGUGAGAUGGAAUAAGUUGUUGAUCCCUAUAUGGAAUAAAAUUGCAAACUAUUGGAACAAGGCAUUCCUUACUAUUAUAGUUACAUUAAUUGUUUUAUUUCUUGAUGCAGUAAGAGAAAUGAAGGAGUACUCAAAUGUUCAUUUAAGUGAAGAAACUACACAUUCGACCCCCAAUGCAUUUGAUCACAUUCAUAUGAAAGUUUUUAGAUCACAACGAAAUCCUUAUAUAUCAGGAUGUUCCCUUUUUCUUUGGCUUGUACUGAGACGUACUGUUUCCCUUAUCACUUUAUUGGCAAAAGAGAUGGAAGCUGAGGUUGUUCUGAAAUUGGAAAUAGCAAACAGCAAUGAAGUUGCCUGAAAGUGCUUGGAAGUGAACGAAAGACUGCACCAAUCACUGAAGAAAAUUAAAAAUUCUACUGGUGAACGUUUGUCUGUGGUAAAAAAUGAAAAGCUACUCCAAAAAGUGGAACAGUUAAAGGCAGAAUUAAAGAAAAGUUCAGAAGCUCUCCACAAAACAACAAAUGAAAUGACUGCUGUUAAAAAGCAGUCUGAAGAGCUUAAGAAAGAAUAUGAUUUCCUUGUAAAACAACAUGAAAAACUACAGCACCAAAGAAAUGAAGAUCUUUAAAGCAAAGGACAUCUCCAUCAACCUGAAUUGUUUGUUUUGUUUUUAUUUUACAGGUAUGUAUGGAAAAGCUUUGUUUUCUUUUUAAGGGAGAUUUACUGCAUUUAUUGCUGAAACCUCACAAUUUAACAAUUGCCAGAUAUUUUA